AUGCAGGGCUUCAACAUGGGGCGCUACCCCGGUGCCGGCCAGGUCGUGCGGUUCGAGAUGCCCUUUGCCAUCUGGUGCACCUCGUGCUCGCGCCCAACCAUCAUCGGGCAGGGCGUCCGCUUCAACGCCGAAAAGCGUCGUGCCGGCAGCUAUUUCUCCACUCCAAUCUGGAGUUUCACCAUGCGCCAUGUCGACUGCGGCGGGGAAAUCGAGAUUCGCACCGACCCCAAGAACACGGCGUACAUCGUGGAGCGCGGCGCCCGCCGCCGCGAGACCGCCGAGGAUGAGGCCAAGGAGGGCGACCUCGUCGUAGCCAGCGCCGAAGAGCGCGAGAAGCUGCGACAAAACGCCUUUGCUGGGCUCGAAAAGACCAUCGAGGAUCGGGAGCAGCUCAAGGCUGCUACCAGCAGGCUCACCGACCUCGAAGACGCUAGCUACAGGGAUUGGGAUGACCCUUACUCCCAAAAUCAGAUACUGCGCAAGACCUUUCGCAAAGAGAGAAAAAGGCUUGAGAAAGAGUCCGCCGCUGCCGAGGACGUCAAGGAUAGGAUGGGCCUGUCUAUUGACCUCCUCCCCUUCAACGAUAUGGAUGCCGUGCGUGCAUCCCUCGUCGAAUUUGGCUCGACCGACGAUGCUGAACCUCCCAAUAGGGCCAUGGCAAAACCUCUCUUUGCCCCAAAGCAGGGCGGGAAGCAGAAACUCGCCGCGUCCCAGUCCGUCCAGGACAAGGCCCGCAGCGCGAAGAAGCUCAAGUCCGAGGCCAUUGCUUCUAGACGCAAGGAGAUUCUUGUUUCGGAGAUCAUAGGCAACACUAGGGCUGCUAGGAGAGACCCGUUCCUAGACGGAGCAAAAGUUUUUGAGCCCUCGCCCACCCCCGGUUAG